AUGCUGACAUUCUCCUUUAUCCUCUUCGAAGCCUUAUCACCAUUACCCGUCAUGGCAGGAAAUCAGAUUAUUCGCCACGGAACCAUCUUCCCGCGUCGUCCUGCUCGUGAUCGUCUGUCGAACCCUGUACCACGGCUCCUCUUUUGCCUCCCAUGCAUUCAGCGAAGCCUUGAGGAUUGGCUACUUCGAGCUCCCGAACCUGGUUUCUGGCUGCACUUUGAAAUCACCUGUGUCCAAGAUACGGUCAAUGCAAAUGACUGCCAAGGUUGUCAUGUAUCAGGACGAGAUUGCGAGAUGCUCCCUGCUGGAAUGGAAGGGCACAGAUUCGAAUUGCUGGCAUUGAUCUCGUGGGUCGCCUUAUUCUGGGGCACCUAUAACACCACCGAACGCAAUUAUGAAGGCCUUAUUGAGAAAUGGUUCCUCCCCGGAAGGUCCUAUACCCAGCUUGCGUUGUGCAUCGCUGAUCUCUGCCGCGCGUUUACCCUCCUUGUGUGGAACCAUAUUGACACUCACGGAUUACACCCUCGCUGCCCAAACACCCGUCGCGUAUCCUACCGCAACUGGCUCCUCAGCCGUAUGCCGAUUCCCCAAGGGAUUGAGGCAGAUGGAAGCCCAGAAAGGUUUGCAGCCAUAUCAUUAUCCUAUCACAAAUCGACUGGUACGGAAGACCGUGUCCACCUCUGGUACGGCGCAGUCAGGGCUUUUCGGUCGAGUGUGACAAGUAUUGCUAGGGAUGGCGUUAGCGUGCCCCACCAUAACGAUGUUGCUACUAUCAUCGGACGGUUCCCUACUUCUAUGAUUCCUACCGAAGGACGUUGA